AUGGGCAAACCCGACCCCACCCUCUCUGCCCCAGUCCCCUCCCAGGGACCAGGAGAAUCCAGCUCCGGCUCCAACACCUCCAUCCCCCCUCAACGCCUCCCCGACCAUAACAUCCCUAUUCCCGAUCCUAACGAUCUUCCCCCGCUCUACUCCGAAAUCGACAACGACGUCCUCCUCGAUGCUCCCCUCCUAAACCAAACCCAAGACUCAAACCCUCUCGACUUCGACGACGGCUUCACCUACCCAACCGGCCUCCGCACCAUCAACUCGUCAAACCUCAACGCCUGCUAUUUGUCCUCUGAUCUUGCGACGGACCCGGUCGAACUUCAAUCCUUCGUCACCCGUCUCGCAUCCCACCCUCCGCGUCCACAUAUCCGCAUCCUGGGCACACACGACGAGACGGAGGUGCGCGACGGGAAGAAGAGCACUAGAGUGGAGACAGACUUCGAUAUCAGCAUUGACCUGACACCGUAUCUAUAUGCUCCCGAUCGGCAGGCGUGGAGUGAGCUGCGUACUGUAGAGAACCACGAGUCGACGCGACGCGGGACGGUGUUUGCAUCACGGGCGCCAGGCGUACAGGGGGAUUUGGAGCUUGCAGGGCAGGCGAAGCCGACGCUUACGGAGUGGUGUCAUCGGUUUUCUUUUGACGCUGAUCCGAAGCACGAAUUACAGAGGGCAGGUGACGAUUGA